UGCAUAAUUAACUUCUACGAAUAUAAUUUAUGUCAAAAAUCAAAACAAACAAAAUUUUGCAAAGAUGGCGACCGACGUAGUAGUCAUUUGUGAUAAGAUGUAUAAAGAAAAUCUUCUGAAUUCGUUAUACACUUUCACUAAAACAAUGUUUUACACAGAUGUCACUUUAGAAUUAAACAGCAAGAUAUUACAUGUGCACAAAGUUGUGCUCUCAGCAGCUUCAGAUGUAUUUGCAACCAUGCUUCAAACAAACAUGAGGGAGAAGUUUGAAGGAAAGAUAAAUUUCAAAAAUUUUGGACUUAAAGAUAGCACUGUCGAUGAUUUGAUUGAGUAUAUCUACACUGGAAGAUUGGAAUUGUCUGUUGAUAACGUCGAAGAAUUACUGAUUUGCUCAAAUAUUUUUAUGAUAGGUCGAUUACGAGAAGACUGCUGUGAAUUCAUGGCGAAAGUACUCGCUCCUGUAAACUGUUUAGGUAUUCUAAGCAUUGCUGCAAAGUUUGGAUGCGAAAAUCUAGCACAAAGAGCCAUAAAACUUAUCCAAGAAGAAUUUUUGCAGGUUAUGAAUGAAAAUGAGUUUUUGCAUUUAAGCAAGGAAGAAAUUUUCGAUGUGUUAUCGAAUGACUCAAUCGAAGUUCCAUGCGAAGAUAUUGUAUUGAAAGCAUUUCUCAAGUGGCUGGAAUUCGAUUAUGACAAAAGAUCACAAUAUUUUGAAGAACUGUUUCAAUGCAUUCGUGUGCCGUUUAUAACGGAUGCAGUAGCUAUAACCCAAGGCGUCAAUCAAUAUCACAGCAUCAUACCAGAAGUGUUUUUUUCAAAGAUGGCAUCUAAUUCUAUGGGGUAUGAUGAAAAUAAAAAUAAGAUUAUGCCGCGAAGGUGCCUGAAUACCUCUGACGUAAUUAUGACCACAGGUGGAUAUGAUGGGAAUUCCUGUUUGCUUUCAUCGUUUGCUUUUCCACUUGGAAAUAAUAAAUGGGGUCAUUUAGCUCCUAUGCUUGUAUCCAGACAUGAUCAUGGCACAGUCUCUCUUAAUAACAAGCUGUUCGUGGUAGGUGGUUUUAACAGUCACAUGGGACCAUUAAACCGUGUUGAAUAUUUCAACUCAAUUCGAAAUAGAUGGGAAGAAGUAACUCCAAUGUUAUCAAAACGCAAGUCCUUAGGAGUUUGUGUUUUUAAUAACAAAUUGUUCGUCAGUGGAGGUUUAGAUGGAAAUUACAAUGCACUUGACAGUGUAGAAUAUUACGAUGACGGCUUGCAGAUGUGGACCAACUUUAUACCUAUGAAUCAAGCGCGAUACAGUCAUGGACUAGUCGCCAAUGACAAGGGGUUGUUUGCAAUUGGUGGGUGGAAGCUAACAACAGCUGAGCAUUUUCAUGAUGGACAGUGGCACAUGAUAGCACCGUUAAAUAUUACUCGAGCUGGUGCCACAUCUAUAGUUCGGAACAACAAAAUAUAUGUAUUCGGAGGGUACAGUGAUGCGCAGUGUGUUUCAUCUGUUGAAAUUUACGAUAUAGACUUGGAUUACUGGUCGAGUGGAGCAUCUUCGCGUAUCUGCCGAUGGCGUGCUGGCUCCGCUUUAGUUGAAAAUACUAUAUACAUCAUUGGUGGCAGAAAUUCUACAUGGCAAUAUUUAGAUGAAGUCGAAAGUUAUAAUUUGGACGAAGAUGAAUGGAAAGAAGAACAAGCUUUACCAUGUAAAAUAAUGGGUUUGCGUUGUUCGGUCGUCAAAGUACCUAAACACGCUAUACGAUAAUUUUUGACGUGGUAAUUCCCCUAAUAAGCGCUCCCGCCAUUUAAACUUAACAUUUAUGAUUAUCACCCAUUUUAAUUAGGGCUUGAUAUCCUUUGUCUGAUGAAAUAAAAGCCCAGGGAGAAAUGCUGUGAUUUGAUGUAGAUACACCCCUUGACAUCUCGUACUCCGAUAUCAAAGAAAACCCAGUUCUGAAUGUGGAAAUCUAAUGUUUUUUGGCAGGAAAACUUUACUACAGACGCUAACAAAAAAUUACUUUAAAACUUCUAAGUACCACGAGGGCCCGGGCGCUUUUUAGAGCAAAUACAGUAAGAUAUGUAAUGAAUUUUAUGUGUGCACGAAUAAUGAUAUGGAUUCACCCACUUGUCUCAAGUUUAACAACAACAAA